GUUUUUACUAUGGCACACAAGACUGAUUCCAGCGACGACGAAGCACCGGAAACAUUUACGUUCAACUCGUCCAAGCAGGUAGCGAAGGGCGCGCAAGACACCCUCGAGGAAUACCAGGCUGCAGAGAAGUCAAAGCGGAAACAGAAGAACCGCGAGAAGGAUCGUGUACUCAAGGAGCGCGCUGAGCAGGCGAAGCAGAAUGCCGCGCGAAAAGGGAAGGGCAGAGCUCCGCUACUGGCGGCGGGGAGGGCAGGUUCGGAUGAGGCGGAAGAUGAAGAGGAGGGACGGGCCGAUGAUGAGCUCGAGGUGCGGAUGCGACGAGCGAUGAGGGAGGCCGAGGAGGAGUCAGACGUGGGGGAGGGCUCUUCCUUCGAGGGACUUGAUGGAAGUGGAAGCGAAUCUGAAGAAGGGGGAUUGGAGGAAGACGAGGACGAAGACGCUAGCGCGUCGUCGCAUUUCGACUCUGAGGACGGAGAGGAGGCUGCUUCAGACCAAGACGAACAAGUGCAAGAAGGGUCUUCAAGCGAAGAGGAAACCGACAACGCAGCUUCCAUACUGACAAACGCUUUGGCAAGCAAAAACCACCUCCCAGAUCACCUCUUCAAGUCUGCGUUCUCCAAGGUACAAUCUGUUCCGUCCUCGUCAAAACGCAAGUUCGACGUAUCUGCGGACGCACCAAGACUGCCAUCAAAGAAGCGGAGGCAUCAACCAAAAGACCUUCUUGUGGGUUCCCGCACGAUCAGGACACUAGCAAACCCGUCCCCAGCCGUACCAUCAGUGGCACCCCGUGCCUUGAUGCCCCCAGCAAGAGUGAAUAAGUUCCUGAAGCGCUCUCUCAACGUGAAGGGCAGUAUCGCCGACUGCAGGACGAAGGGCUGGGACCGGAAGUCUGCAAACGUCGGCGUCAUGAAACGCAGCGGUCCAGCUGCAAGUUUUGUCCGGGGCUAGCCAUUAGUGAUCCGCAAUUUUACACAAUUUCAUGAACAGUGCCGUCAAACACUGUUCUACUUCACAAAA